AUGCGUGAAACAGCAACGUCAGAAGCCUGUUUAACUCAGCCCUCAGAGCCACUUCUUUUCCCGAGUUUACGGAUCAAAUAUGCCUACCUCCCUUACCUGCAUUGUUCUAGUGCCAGAGGCUCUACACCUUGGAGACCUGAUGCGGAUAUGAGUACGGCCUGCCACGAAAAUCGCAAGAGUUUACCGGACAUCACAAGAGGGCUCGUGCUUUACGGAGGCGAGACCCCUAUCUCUGGACAACCCGAUUCCAGGAGUGGUAGAUGUCCUUACAAAGAAAUGAAAACUCUUUCCGGAACACUUGGCGACGUCACCGAGUUCGCUUGCGUUGCCGCACUCGAUGAUGUCAGUAAUUCAUACUCAAGCGCUCACCAAGGGGUGCAGGCGUCGAUGCAAGCAUAG